AUGCCCAACAAGAAAUCCAAACCCAAUGCGUCGAAGGGCAAAAGUCCUGCUCAUCCAUCUGGACCGGCGAAAGCUGCUGUGUCUGUGGCGCCUACAACUCCCGAAGAAACGACUCCUUACAUACCUCUGACUCUACCCAAGCCAAGCAUCGAUGACGACUUCUGGACCAAGAAUGCCCGCGCGAAAGCUCUAAUACUGUCAACGUUGGUCCCAGGGAGCGAAGCAUGGAAGAUUGCUGAGCCAAUUGAAAUCGCGUCAGAUAUCUGGAGGGCAUUGGAAGAUCACUUUACUCCCAAGCGUAUGAAGGCCUGGGCGAAACAACGAAGUUCUGCGGAGGCAAGCAACACCAUGGCAGCUGUUGCCGACGAUGGUGCCAGUUCUGGUGCAAGUAAGAGUGAAGCGGAACCUGUCAACGGCAAACUCUCGUCUUCUUCGAACUCUGUCCCAAGCUCCGUGCCCGGAAAAUUGUUGGACAACGCGGAUAAAUAUAUGGACAUGUCCAAAGACAAAAUUUCAAUACCGCGAUUGGACGGGAUCAUAUCGUCUGGUUUUUCGGGAGAGGUUUCUACGAACGUAGAGGAUGCUCGCAGAGCGCUGGAAGCCUUCGACAUUGCAGAUAUUGCAAAGAGUAUAGCAAAGGAGUUCGACAAGCAGCAGAGGGGUGCAACUGUGCAUGAGACUGUGCAUGAGACUCUGCCUGAGACAACGCAUCAGAGUGAAGCUCGGAUGGGUCUCGAGGUGCAACAAACCCAAUCACAGGCUCAAACCGAGUUUCUAUCUCAAAUUCGGUCGCAAAUUCAGGCCCACGCUACGGCUCAUGGUCAGGUAAAGCCUCAACCCCAGGCCCAAUCGCAAGCUCAAGCCCAGCAACAGGUUAAUGUGCAGGCCCAAGCUCAAAUUCAAGUUCAAGGCCAGAGUAAGGUCAAAGUACAGGUUGACGCUCAAGCCCAAGUCCCAGCCCAAUCGCAAGCUCAACCUCAAUCACAAGCCGAAGUUCAGCCCCAGGUUCAAAGUCAUGCCCAAGGUCAAAGUCAAGCCCAACCUGCACCUUCCCAAUCCGCUCCCGGAGCAGGUAUCCCACGACUCUCGACACUGACGCCUUCGGGACGCUGGAAAGCGCACCCGGUCAAGCAUGACAGCUACCUUAGCGAACAACAAGCACUGAUCUUCGCCCGGUACGACGAAGACCGCAAGAAGCAGAUCCAAGUGGCCGCGACAAAGGUGCUCAUGCAGAAACUCCCGACGCGGGACAUGAGGCUUCUGUGGGCCGUGCUGUACGGAGGCGAGGAUGCGCCCUGGCCCGGGUCAUGCUCGGCCGUCAUCCCUGGUGUGACAACCCUGCAGUGGCAGAAUAAGAGCUAUGAGAUGGAUUACAAGACACUAGGGUGGAGCUGGAACAGCAAAGCAGACGAGAAAGGAUGA